CAGUUCCGCGUAACUGCGUGAUACUUCAUUUCUAAAUCGUAUCAGUACUCGUUCCUUUCCCUCGCUUCGUAUUGAUAUAAUACAUAAGUGCUUGCUAUCUCAACUUUCUUUCGUCCCCAGGUCAACUCUCUGACUGGCAUCAGGGCGCUCUCUUCUGAAACAUGGCUCUCCCGUUAACUGCGGCACAUCGUAGAUCUAUCGUCAUUGCAGUCACAGCUGUGCUGAUUGUGUGUUAUUUCAUGGCUAUUGGUCGUGAAGACCAUUCCACGUCUUUCAUAACUUUGUCUACUCAAUGGUCGACAUCCAAGGACUCUGAAACUGUGGCGGUUUUGGAUGUCAAACAACCAAACGAGACACCAUCGGAGUCGUCUUCUUCAUCAAAGAGCAAGCCAUCACCCACCCUUGCAAAUGCAAUUCCACAAGUCUCUCACCCUCCCCACAGAGCCAACGCUACCUUGGUAAUGUUGGCUCGUAAUUCCGAUCUCAAUGGCGUGAUAUCAAGUGUAGAACAGCUAGAGGCCAAGUUUAAUCGCAAGUUUAAUUAUCCCUGGGUGUUUUUGAACGACGAGCCCUUCUCCACCGACUUCAAAAGGCGUGUCAGUGUCUUAACCGACGCAGACGUUUCUUUUGGGUUGGUCCCUCACGAGCACUGGGUCCAGCCGGACUGGAUAGAUGAAGGACGAGCUCAGGAGGGACGCAAUAAACUUGUGCGACAAGGUGUAAUUUAUGGCGGCAGUGUUUCUUAUCGCAACAUGUGCCGGUUUAAUUCAGGGUUCUUUUUCCGCCAUGAACUCUUAACGCCAUAUAAAUGGUACUGGAGAGUAGAGCCCGAUGUUAGAUACUACUGUGACCUGGAUUAUGACCCCUUUCUAUUCAUGGAGGAUCAUGACAAAAUUUAUGGCUUCACGAUAUCCAUGCCAGAAUGGGAACCAACUAUACCCUCGUUAUGGUCCACGGUGAAAAACUUCGUCGCGGAAUAUCCCCAAUAUGUGUCACCAGACAACUCAAUGGAUUUUCUAUCUGAUAAUGCGGGCGAUUCUUACAACAUGUGUCACUUUUGGUCAAACUUCGAGAUCGCAGAUAUGGAUUUCUGGAGGGGCGAAGCCUACACGAAAUUUUUCGAGUACCUUGAGAACACAGGAGGCUUCUACUAUGAGAGAUGGGGAGACGCACCUGUUCAUAGCAUCGCCGCAGCCUUAUUUACGCGCAAGGAUCAAAUACAUUUCUUUAAGGAUAUAGGUUAUAAACACGCUGAAUUCGCUCAUUGUCCGCAGGGUAAACAGUGGCGGGAAGGACACUGUUCGUGUGAUCCAAACGAUAACUUUGAUUUUGCCCAAAAUUCGUGCCUCAGACACUUUAUGCGGUUGCACGAUUAGAUUGAUUGAAUGUACUAGUAGACGUACGACUUUAUAUGUGUAUUUCUACCAUAGGCCACUGUAGACUACUACAGGGUAAACUAAUUUAAGUCGUUUGAUCCUAGU